UAACAGUUAUUUCCUUCCUUUCCUUUUCUUAUUUUUCCAAGUAAAAUAAAAAAAAAUAAACUCUUUAUAAAAUGGAAAGCAAUAAAGAUGAGGCGUUAAAAUGUUUGUCGAUUGCAAAGAACUCGUUGGCAUUGGGUGAUUAUUCAAAAGCACUUCGAUUUACAGAAAAGUCCAUUCGAUUGUUCCCAACAUCUCAAGGUGAACAACUCUUGUUAAUAGUCCAAAAACAAAGCACGAUGCCAAGGAAGGCACCUGCCUCUGCUCCUGCAAAGACACAAACGAAAAAAGCCGCAGCACCGGAACCCGUGCAAGAAAGAAAAUACACAGUAGAGCAACAAAGAGCGGUGAAAACCAUGUUAGCGUACGGAAGAGACUAUUACAAAAUCUUAUCCGUCGAUAAAUCCGCAACAGAUAACGAAAUCAAAAAGGCAUAUAGAAAGCAAGCGUUACAAUUUCAUCCUGAUAAAAAUAGUGCGCCAGGAGCGGACGAAGCAUUUAAAUUGGUAGCGAAGGCCUUCGAUAUUUUGUCUGAUUCAAACAAACGAGCAAUUCAUGAUGAAGGAGGAGAUGCCGAUGGAAGUCGAGGACGAUCCUCUGGCGCGUCUUAUCAUCAACAACAUCAACAAUACGCAUAUAGAAGACAAGGUGACGAUGUUUCCCCUGAAGAUUUAUUCAACAUGUUUUUUGGAGGUGGCAUGCGAAAUUCAUUUGGACCCAACAUGAGAGCUCAGCAACAACAAAGAUAUAGGCAGCAACAGCAACAACAAAGAUUUAGACAGCAACACACAAGACCACAACAGCCUGAAGACUUGGUUGGAAGCCUGUCUCAGAUGAUGCCUGUUAUUUUAAUUGCCAUUCUAGCGAUCUUUGCCAUUCUGUUUGCAUUUGAAGGUGAACCACUUUAUACCUUCCGUCCUUCACAGACAAAUACCAAUGUCAGAAACACAAGAGCAAACAAUAUUAAUUAUUACGUGAACCCAAAGGUUUUUGAUACAACCGUCAAAAAUAAUAUGCACAAGUUUUCUAGAACAGAACGUCAAAUCGAGUCAGAUUGGUUAGGAGAGUUAAGAACAAGCUGUCAUUCAGAACAAAGGCAUAGAGAUAAUCUUAUGACUCAGGCUGAUGGUGUGUUAUUUGGUAUCGUAGGUCGUAACGAAAAGGCUUAUAAAAAGGCAGCAAACAUGAAAUUAAAGAAUUGCGAUGAGUUAAGGAGAUUAAGUCCCAAGAUCAGACGUUAAAAAAUUAAAAAAUAAAUAAAAAGUAAACAGUGGACGCUCUUUGAAGAGCCCUUUAAUUGAUUCA